AUGGCGCAAUUUGGGGUUCCCAUUUCGAGUGAGAAGACUGAGGGCCCGGUCACACGGCUGUCGUUUUUGGGCAUUGAGAUUGACACGUUGGAUAUGGUUUUCAGGUUGCCGCCGGAGAAGUUGCAGAAGCUUCUGGGGUUGAUUGAUGGUUUCCUGUCGGUUAUGAAGGUUACCUUGCUGCAGCUUCAGUCCAUGUUAGACUCUUAUUGUGUGACCUCAAACCACGAAUACAAUUAUGUACGUAUUGUUACAGAAAAGAUUAUAAUCCACAAUUGCUCUGAUAAAUUCUCUUUGACUGAAACUAUUUAUCCAGAAGACGCAGUAGUCUAUAACGUGUACACGGCGGUGUAUAUCCUGGCCCAUGCUCUGCAUGAGAUGGUUCUGUUUCAGGGAAGGAGUCAUGGUGGAAGCAAGAGUUUUGGAGAUAUAAAAAGGCUGCAGUACUUCAUCAGCCGAGUGCGAUUCCAGGAUUAUACCGGAAACACUGUGGCAUUCGAUGAGAGAAGACGACUUUCCUCUCUGCCUCUUCUGCAGUUAAGAAACUGGGUAUUUAAUGAAACCGAUGAUAGAUACACUUAUCUUUCUGAUGAUAAAAGCUACUUCAUGCCGGAUGACAAGAUGCCAGAGGAUGAGAGGCUGCUUGUAAAUGAUGACACAAUAACAUGGAAAACUGGAGAGAUGCCACAGUCUCGCUGCAAUGAGAGAUGUCCCCCCGGGUCCAGGAAAGCUCCUAAUGGAGGAUAUCACUCCUGCUGUUAUGACUGUGUCCUCUGUUCUGAGGGAGAAAUGUCCAAUAUAACCGACAGUGACAUCUGCCAGAAAUGUCCUGAAGAUCAGUGGCCAGAUCCAGGAAAAACAAGAUGUCUUCCUAAAGUCUAUGAAUUUCUCUCCUAUAAAGACGAUACUGUGGCUUCAGUCUUCUCUAUAAUUGUGAUUCUCUGCUGUGCUAUAACCUGCUAUAUCAUAAAAAAGUUAAUCUUACAUUGGGACACUCCUCUAGUAAAGGCCAAUAACCGAACAGUGAGCUUCAUUCUCCUGGUCUCCAUCAUGUUGAGCUUCCUCUGUGUCUCUUUCUUCCUUGGUUGUCCAGUAGACAUAACCUGUAUGAUGAGACAAACAUCCUUUGGGAUUUUCUUCUCAGUUGCACUCUCUUCAGUUUUGGCCAAGACUAUCAUGGUCUGCAUUGCUUUCAAAGCCACCAAACCAGGCAGUGCCUGGAGGAAGUUGGUGGAGAUCAGAGUGUCCUAUUAUGUGGUGGUGAUAUGUUCCUUCAUACAAGUGAAGAUCUGUGCUUUUUGGUUGUCAGUCUCUCCUCCAUAUCAGGAGUUUGACCACCACUCUUAUCCUGGGAAGAUCAUUAUUCAGUGUAAUGAAGGCUCGGAUAUCUGGUUCUACUCCAUGUUGGGUUAUCUGGGGCUCCUGGCAGCUGUGAGCCUUGUUCUGGCUUUUAUGGUGAGGACAUUACCGGACAGUUUUAAUGAGGCCAAGUACAUCACCUUCAGCAUGCUGGUGUUCUGCAGCGUCUGGAUCUCCAUGAUACCAGCUUUUCUGAGCACCAGGGGAAAGAACAUGGUGGCUGUGGAGAUAUUCGCCAUAUUGUCCUCAUCUGCUGGAAUAUUAGCCUGUAUAUUCUUUCCUAAAUGUUAUAUCCUAAUAAUGAAACCUGAGCUGAACUCCCGAAACCAAUUAGUAAAAAAGUAA